AUGUCGAGUUACAUAUAUGAUACCGCAACCCCCUGCCCGUCGCGGCUGAGAUCUUCGGGGCUUGAUUAUACCAACACCCAAGGCUCACCAGACAAUUUAUGGGACACUAGCAUCAUCGGCAGCGACUCCACGGAGAACAUCGAUUUCACCACCGAAAUCCGACCAUCAGUGCUGACGAACGCCAAACCCAGACGGAAGACACGCUCGAACACGUCCUUCCUGAUCCAUGACGACCAUGAGGUCAAAUCCGCGCGACCUGCGCAUAUGCGUGGAGAGGCAACAAUCGCGACAGCUGCCGCUUCAACUCACAGGAAGUCCUUGCUUGCCCAACCAGCUCAGAGGUUCCGUCCAAAGGUCAGUUUCGUUGCCAGCCCCCAGAGACAAUCACGGCAAUCGGGGCCCGUUGCGACGCAGCAGCACCAGAGACAAAAUCAGGAUCAGAACAAUGAGCUUCUGAUGCAGAUCAAUGGCCGUACCCAAGAGCCUCAGCCCAAGAAUGCUCUCAAGAAAGCAGUCCGGCGCAAUACAGUCUACAUACCGCCGGAUGAUACGACGGUUGCAAGCGUUUUCAUGGGUCUGUUUAGUCCUCAGAAAACUGAGAAUGUGGAGAGCCUUCUCCGGGAGGACACGCAGAUUAAUAGCUUGGAGGCACAGAUUGCACGGAAACGACAGGUUAAGCGAUCGCUUCAGUUGGGUGCACAGCGAGCGCCGCUGAACCCCAGUUCGAAGAUUGUUCAGGGAGCUAAUAUCCAUGUCGACAUGCCUGGAAAGAAUGGUGGGAAAGAGAAUAUCCCACCAGGAUCAGUUCUCGUUGAAGGCGAGAAAUAUCUCAAAUCCUUUAAGACUAAAGAGCUCUAUAGAUGUAGCGAGGAUGUGGCUCCCAAUAAUGAACAGACUCGCAGGACGAUGUGUGCGUCACGAUCGACGAAGUUGGCCCUCGCUUCCAAGACAAACAAUCAGGUUCUUCACAACAAGAAGCCCGAUAUCGGCAAAGAAAAGCCCAAGACAAAGCCGGUUAAGACACAGUCCAUUGAGAGCAGAUCAAAAGCGCUUGAUCGCAGCUACGAAGCCUUGAAAGGUCCAACCAUGGAGCGUGACAUGUCACCUCCGAGCCCAAUUACUGCAAAGUCGAGUCUUUUACAGACUAAGGAGGUUGUGAGGAGUUCCUGCGUCAUUCCUAACGACAUCACGAAGCCAGAACUGUAUGAGGAUGACUGGCUCGGACAUCAGGAGGUCAUCUUGACCCAACUCAUGAAUGAGUUGUUUGAUAGCACCAAUGACAGUUUUGACUAUGUCGAUGCCAACAAGCUCAGGGAUGAGCUGUUGGGUUUCUACCAGGGACCAUCGCUCACGCAAUUGCAGAAAAGGCUGAAGGCAUCAAUACUAUAUGGAGCUUUGAGCUUACCCAAGGAUGUACUCAACCGUGCCAGUCAGAUUCAGCGCGACUUAGGUCUGAAGCGGAAGUUCCUCGACUUCUGGGUCCAAACUUACGACUUGCAAACUCUAAGAGCAACACUCGAAGUAAUUACAGGGAGAAUCAUCCCCAACUCAAAGCUAGCCCCCGGAGUCAGUCACGCCGACGGAGAAAAGGCAUUGAAGCGGAAAUUAGCGGGCUUCUUGGAUGUAUUCCUCUUACAAAACCAGGACAUGGAUCGACACGCACAGGAUCACAGAGGAGAGGAUGGAGAUAUUGCGGGCCGCGCAUAUCGUCGCACCCUUCUCCGGAGCAUCAUGAUCAUUGUGCUUCUGGAUAAAGCAAAGCAAUGCUCCGAUAUAUCGCUACCUCGUCUCCUUUUCCAGCCUACGGCACCGUACAAGUCUUCCCAUGCUGCUAUUCAGGCACUAGGUCAAUUGCUAGUGCCAUCGUGCGGCGACAUCAUCAAGGCACUGUGUCAUCUUGACUGCCAAUUGUCGUACGAGCAGCAACCAUUAGCGGAGUACAGAUUUUGGAUCAGCAACAUUGCCGUGGACCUACGUGAUGGGGUGAAACUGGCACGACUUGUCGAGCUUUUACUCUUCGGGUCAGCCUCGAUAGGAGAACCGGAGCAGCAGAAAUGGCUAUUGUCCGGCAGGCUGAGGUUUCCCUGCCUGGGACGGGCAGUAAAGCUGCACAAUAUGCAGCUUACCUUAGAUACAAUGUCUUCGAUUGAUGGAGCUAGGAAGCUUGUCCAGGGCGUGUGUGCGGAAGAUAUCGUCGACGGACACCGCGAAAAGACGGUCGGCCUACUCAGGAAGCUCGUCACCACUUGGUGUCCUGGUAGGCUUCUGGAUUGCAAUAAUCUCAGGAAAGAGGUUCAUCGCCUGAAGACGAAGGUCACUUUCCAAUUCGAAUCUGAGGAUUUUGGAAAUUUGGAUUCAGCCUCUCUGAAUACUCCAGGCGAGGACACGGAAGCCAAGUCCUUGCUCAAGCAAUGGGCCAAGCUGUCAGCGGAGAGCAACGGACUGCCCCUAAGCAAUUUCAGCACAUGCUUCAGCGAUGGGAAAAUCUACGAGUGCAUUGUUAAGGAGUACGAGGCAAGCAUAGCCCGAUGUUAUGAGCCUCCGUCAACGACCCUGGAGUCUCAACUUCAAGCUCUGGGUUGCAGUGCACAGCUGGUGAGACUGAUAUGUCCUGCGCGUUCUGGCGCCCAUAUCCCUGAUGAAGACUUCACCAUUGGGGUGCUCGCGUUCCUUUGCUCUCGAAUUCUUCCGGCUAUUGGACGCGCAUGAUCUGAAACAGCUAUGAAGUACAGGGCAGUAUAUGUCGAUAUGGGGAACUAUGACAAGGAUGCGACCAGGAAGGACAAAUGGGCACGCACAUGCUAUCCUGGACGAACGGAAACAGAUCAUGUCCAUAACAUAUCCGGGGAUUAAUCAACUGGAAGACUCAUUGAAUGAGUACUCGCGUUAGCAACUAUAAUGAUAUCAACUACCAAUCUCAUUGUUAUCUUUUCAACGCGAACGACAGGCGGCAGUGCAGCAAACAGUCCUUCAAAGACAACAAAGAUGCACAAUUCAACUAGACCAUAGGUACUGUGCCCACCGUACAUCCAUAAACGCUACAAAAGCUCGGCCUCCUGAUCUACAACCUGCGCAAUCCACCCCCUGUAUCAGUUGUGCCUCGUCUCAACAAAGUGCGGCCUAAGACCUCAGAUAGAUGCAGUCAGGCCACCCUCUAUC